ACCCCAAACUUAUAGACAAUUUAACUCCAAAACCCAACACUCCAAUUCUCCAAAGAUAAGGUCUUUGAACUCUCAAGACUCAAAAGAGAUAGAAGCGCAGGAAAUCCGCAUUCUUCAACAAUGUCAUCAACAACAUCCACACUCUCGCUCUCAUGGAGCACUUCUUUCCAAGGCUUUGCAGGAGCUACCAAUGAACUCCAUAAAUCCCCAGAAAAUGCUAGAGUUAUGCUCCCAAUUGUGGCACAAAAGAAAACCAAGAAAAUUCGCAAGAUAAUUUUGACAGAAGAUAUGCCUGAUUUGGGGAAAAAGGGGCAGCUUUUGGAUGUAAGAGCUGGUUUUUUCAGGAACUUUUUGCUGCCUUUGGGAAAAGCCCAAAUUAUAACCCCAACUCUGCUUAAGGAGAUGAAGAUGGAAGACGAGAGAAUCGAAGCGGAGAAGAAAAGGGUGAAAGAAGAAGCACUGCAGCUUGCUCGGAUGUUUGAAACUGUUGGAGCUUUUAAGGUUAAACGCAAAGGUGGAAAAGGAAAACAGAUAUUUGGAAGUGUGACAGCUCAAGAUCUUGUGGACAUAAUCAAGGCACAGCUUCAAAGGGAUGUGGACAAAAAGAUUGUUUUCCUUCCUGAGAUCAGAGAAACUGGGGAGUAUAUAGCAGAGUUGAAGUUGCACCCAGAAGUCACUGCUCAGGUUCGAGUAACUGUGUUUGCUAACUAACAGAAGAACCUAGUGGGGUAUGCAUCAGACGUUUUCGCAUUUUGAUUCCGUUCCAAGGAGAGAUACAUCUGUUGUUUCAAACUGUAGAUGGCUAUAAUGCACCAAGAACUGCAACCUGUAUCUGUCUAGAUACUUUAGCUUAGCCAUGCUAAAUUCCAUCUUUCUGUUAGUCCACUUUCUCCGUAGUCAUUUUCUUUACCCUCUCGAGCAAUAUGUUCUUGUGCUCUACUUCCUUUUUGCUGUGAGUUUUUGCGAUGCAUUUGGCUCGUGAAGAUAAAGAUUCUUCACAUAUGUAUUUUCAGCUACAAAUGGCAACGACUAUGCAGCAAGUGACCCAUCAUUGUUAGGGUUUCAGAAUGUUUAUUCAGUGCCAAGUAUCAUAGUUUUCUA